CCUGGUUAUGGUUAUACACUUUGUUGUACGUCGCUCUGGAUAAGAGCGUCUGCCAAAUGCCUGUAAUGUAAUGUAAUGUAAUGUAACAAAGCGCCGCGAUUUCUUCCUUGUUGUAUUUAUUUCCUGCUGCUGAAUUAAGUAUUUCACAGGUGUUCGCUGGCAUUACAUAGUCGGUCAACGCUGACGACUCACAGUGAACACGUUUGAUAUAACUAGUUACGAAAAAUAAGACAGAGAACUGUUAACAGUGUUAUCCACGUUUAACGUGUCUCGUAAGGUUUCAUCUGCCACGCACAAAUUCAUAAAGUAUUUCGACUAGCUAAACCGGUGCUCAACACCAUGUGUAUGUUUUUUUGUGACUUUAGCCCAUGUGUGCUUGAUCUGCUUGCUGUUACUAUCGAUAACUGGCUACGAUUGUAUUGCUUGGCCUUGCAUUAAUUUGUCACGACGUAGCGCUCUUAAAAUAGGUUAUAAUGUUGUGUUCUUCUCAAGGGAAAUUGGUGAGCAACAGAGAGGAGGAAAAAUUAGUGAUAUGCAUUGAAGGCAACAUCGCUAGUGGGAAGACAACAUGUUUGGAGCAUUUCAGCAAAACGAGUGAUAUAGAGGUACUGACAGAACCAGUAUCUAAAUGGAGGAAUGUUCAAGGGCACAACCCUCUGGCUUUGAUGUACCAGGACCCAUUUCGAUGGGGGCUGACCCUGCAGACCUAUGUACAGCUGACAAUGUUGGACCGACACCUCUCCACAGUAUCGGCUCCUGUACGAAUGAUGGAAAGAUCCAUCUACAGUGCCAAGUACAUCUUUGCGGAAAAUCUUUACCGAAGUGGGAAGAUGCCAGAUGUGGACUUUACUGUUCUGAGCGAAUGGUUUAAUUGGAUCACUCAGAAUAUUUACCUUCCUGUGGAUCUAAUUGUUUACCUGCAGACAACACCACAGAUCUGCUAUGAGAGGCUGAAGGAAAGGUGCAGGGAGGAGGAGAAAAUGAUUCCCAUGGAGUAUUUGGAAGCAAUCCAUCAGCUGCACGAAGACUGGCUGAUUAACAAGACAUUGUUUGAAGUCCCUGCUCCUGUUCUCGUGAUACCUGCAGAUCAUGACCUUCCAAAGAUGCUUCAUCAAUAUGAGGCGAACAGAGAAAAAAUUUUAUUGGCCAAGAAUGCAUAACUCGGUGGAUAAAAUCUACAGCAAAUCUAUUGGUUGCAGAUAUGGUGCAAAUCUUUUAGUAUUUAUUCUUUUUUUUUUUAAGUCUGAAAGUAAAUUUUGUAUUGUUGCUAUUCAGUUCAGAAGAUUUUCUCAUUUUGAGUCAUGUUGAACAUGAAAUACUUUCACAAUCUCAUUGUCAUAGACAGCAAACAUUAUACGGACUGCUUGGAUUUGGAAAAAGUUUUUUAAAAAUUUUAUUUACAUUACCUAUGGUGUCAUGCCACAACUGUACUUAGCAAUUGUAAUGUAUAGCUACCUCUCACCUCAUGAUGUUAGUUAGCAGUCAAGUGCUUGGGUAACCGCACUGAAGUAGCUCCUAUAAAUCAUAAGCACACACCAUUAUUAGGAUAUUUAUUAUAUUUUAAUUUGAAUAUUCACUAGUUACUACGAUGUGAAGUUAAUUUUUUUGUCCUGUAAGUUAAGCCAUUUUAUUACUGGGGCCACUCUUUAGGUUUUCUAUCAGUCAUACAGUGGAUGACGUCAGUUUUUUCUGAUAGCAGUUUGUUGAAGAAAUAAGUAGUAAAUUAUGUAUUCAUGUACAUAUCACUGCUGUCAUUUAUAAUAAUAAAAACUACUUGAGUUUUAUCUUUCAUAGUUUCGCAAGUAGCUGAAACUAAAAUAUUUUAUCUAAAAUAUUUACUCUUGAAUUUAACUUAUUUGACUGGGAACAACUCUAUUGUGAUGCUGAAUCACGCCUAUCAUGCCUAAGGUGGCUCAGGCUUAUGUUGGUUCAAUAAAAAAUCUGUCUUUUCCUAA